GGGGGGGUGGCCUUUGUCCCUCCUCCCUCUGCUGCAAGCUCUUUCGCUUUCACUGCUGGUGGAUGAUUUCCUGCUGAGAUCUGGGACGCCGGCCCAGGGUAGACAUGGCAGAGAGCGCGUCCUGCAAGCUCGUCGAGUAUUUGAACGAUCUAGAAGCAAGAGAGUUCAAGAUGUUCAAGUUUCACCUGGAGAACUAUUCCCUGGAAGACGGCUACAAGCGAAUCCCCCGCUCCAAGACGGAGGUGGCCGACGCCAUGGACAUAGCUCGGGCCAUGGUCCAGGCUUACCAGGAGUCCAGGGCUCUGCAGAUGGCGGUGAAGAUAUUGGAUGAUAUUAACCGGAAGGAUCUGUCACUAAGGAUCCAAAAGGACAUGCCGGAGGUUUUCCGUCAGUCGCCAGAGCCGGCUGGUGCGAGUGAGGAUGACGACAAUGACCAGCAGGAGAAGCUGGUCUCGGAGCUGUGCGAUCGAUUUUUCGGAAGCAAGAAGAAAGUGGAGGUGAAGCUGGAUCCCAACACCGCAUUCCCCACUCUGCUGAUCUCCCGAGACCAGAAAAGCAUGAGGCUCGGGGACCGCCCUCAGUACCUUCCCAGCAACUCCGAGCGUUUUGAUUUCCAGCCCUGCGUGCUGGGUGCCCCGGGCAUCUCUGGUGGGCAGCUGGACUGGGCAGUGGAGGUGGGUGCCGGGAAAGGCUGGAUCGUCGGCGCCGCCCGGGAGUCAGUGGAGAGGAAGGGGUAUUUCUACCUAACGGCUGAGCAGGGGUUCUGGGGGCUGGAGUUGAACAAUGGGGAGUACCAGGCGCUCAGCACCCCUAAGACGACGCUUUUCCUACGGGAGCCUCUGCGCAGGAUUAAGGUGCAUCUAGACUACAUCCUUGGACAACUGUCCUUCUACAACAAUGACACUAUGGAGCACAUCUUCACUUUCAACUACCCUUUCUCUGAGAAGAUGUUCCCUUUCUUCUUGACCUGGGACACGGACGUCCCACUCCAGCUCUGCCCAUGUGAUUGAGAGUGCCUCCCCCCACAUGCUUUGCAAGAGCAGGGAUGUUAAACUCCGGUGUGCAGGCCAAAAUCCCAGCCCCGUGAAUGACCCACUGCCACCUGCCUACGUACUUCCACUUUCACUUUCACUUCCUGUCUGGAUCGGGUGUGUACCUUCCUCGACUGUCUCGCGUGACUUUGUCGGAUGAUAUUUUGUGUUGUUUCUUGACGUGUUGUUUCUUGUGUUGUUUCUUCUUCAGCUCUUGGAGCCAUGGUUUUUUGGUAAGAAUCUGCGCUUUCAUUAAAAAAAAAAAAGGUAA